UGCCGAGGGACGUGACCAUGUACUGGCGCGGCGCGGCGCUGGCGGGGACGCGGCUCGCUCGGAGCGGGAGCUGCUCGCCGGGCCGGCUCGGCGGGGCGGCGGGAGCGGCGGCCUCCGGGAUGGGGAGCAGCGUAUCGUCAUCUUUGGGGAAGUCAGCAACUGCUCCUGUGAACCAGAUCCAAGAAACAAUUUCUGAUCAUUGUGUAGUGAUUUUCUCAAAAACAUCCUGUUCUUACUGUAAAAUGGCAAAAAAGCUUUUCCAUGACAUGAAUGUUAACUAUAAAGUGGUGGAAUUGGACUUGCUCGAAUACGGAAGCCAGUUUCAAGAUGCUCUUUACCAAAUGACUGGUGACAGAACUGUUCCAAGAAUAUUUGUCAAUGGAACAUUUAUUGGAGGUGCAGCUGACACUCAUAGGCUUCACAAAGAAGGGAAAUUGCUUCCAUUAGUUCAUCAGUGUUAUUUAAAGAAAAGUAAGAGGGAAGAAUCUCAGUGACAUAGGUAUUCAAAACUUUGCUAGUAAAUGUCAGUUAUUUAGAGCGAUAAUGCCUGAUAGUGUCUUUAAAAUGAGGAUUUUUAAAUAUAUGAAUUCUUUUCAUGAAGAAGAUGUAAAAAUAAUGAACAAUAAAUUGCAGUGGAAACCUCA